GUUCACUUGUUGAAGGACCAGCUGAGUGCGGAGGCCACGGCUCGGCUGGAGGCCCAGGCUCGAGUCCACCAGCUGCUCCUGCAGAACAAAGACCUGCUGCAGCACAUCUCCCUGCUGGUUAAACAGAUCCAGGAGCUGGAGACUAGGAUGUCUGGACCAAACUCAAUGGGAUCCCAGGACAGUUUGUUGGAGAUCACUUUCCGCUCCACGGUUCCCUCGGUGAUCUGUGACCCCACCACGCCUAAACCUGAGGUGUCCACCCUGAACCUGCCCCAGCUUGGCGCCAGCGACGGGACCAGCAACGUCUUCUCAUCUUCCAACGGGACUCUGGGAAGCCCGCUAGGUAGGGACCAGUGUCUUCUCAAACUGGAGUGUUUCCGUUUCCUCCCUGGACCCCCGGGGCCUCCGCCGCCUCGACUCCCCUCGCCUCCUCCUCCGCUCAAGCCCAAUAGCCCAGAGAGCAAAAUUCAAGAAGUGUCCGAUAGCACGACGACACCGUUUUUGGCCCACGAUGUGAAAUCUCUGAGCUGCUUGGACUUUGCCAGGUUUCGCGAGUCAGGCAUCGCCUCAGAGUACGAGUCGAACACAGACGACAGCGAUGACGAGGGGGAGGAUGAGGAGGAGGAGGACGAGGACGAGGAUAUGGAAAUCUUUGGUUGGGGGACAGACGAGGAAACGCUGAGGCUGCUAAAUGUUCUCAACAAACAAGGAACUCCCGACUGUCUGGGAGAUGAAAUCGCGGUGUAA